AUGAGAAACGCCACGAAGGAUACUGCCGCAUCGCAGCAAACCGUGUACGCCGAUAAGAUCAAUUAUGGCGGUGUGAUAGAUUCGCUGAAUCUGAAAAAUGAGCGCAACGGUCCACCGACCACCGUACAGCAUCGGAACAGUGUUCAGCAGCAGCAGCAGCAGAAGCGAUCUUCGGUGGCGAAGAGUGGCACGGGAGCAGCAGCAGGACGUGUGUCCUCAUCCAGCGAUGGUACCGACACGUCCGGGAGCAGCUGCAGCGAUGGUGACACGUCGUCCUCGUCGUACGACGAGCCAAACCUCCCAUAUCCCGGCUUCACCGAGUUCUCGCUCAAGUACCUUGCUCAGGAUUCGAAGCCACGCAUCUGGUGCCUGCAGCUCAUCACUAAUCCGUGGUUCGAGCGUAUCUCGAUGAUAGUCAUUCUGCUUAACUGCGUCACACUGGGCAUGUAUCAGCCGUGUGUGGAUGACGCUUGCGUUACAAACCGCUGCAAGAUACUGCAGAUAUUUGAUGACAUCAUCUUUGCCUUCUUCUCGCUCGAGAUGACAAUCAAGAUAGUGGCAAUGGGCGCCUGGGGCAAGGGUACGUAUCUGGCCGAUUCGUGGAAUCGGCUCGACUUUUUCAUCGUGCUUGCCGGUGCGCUCGAGUACUGUCUGCAGGUGGAAAACCUCAACCUAACCGCCAUCCGUACCAUACGCGUACUGCGACCGCUGCGUGCAAUCAAUCGUAUUCCGAGCAUGCGAAUUUUGGUGAUGCUUCUGCUGGACACGCUGCCCAUGCUCGGCAACGUUUUGCUGCUCUGUUUCUUCGUGUUUUUCAUCUUCGGCAUUGUUGGGGUACAGCUGUGGGAGGGCAUACUACGGCAACGGUGCGUCAUUAAGCUGCCGGACAAUGUGUCACCACCGUCCUACCUCACGUCGUCUCCGCGUAACAUUUACUACCGAAUUGUUAACCAGAAAAAAAUCAAAACAGAUGUUUCCUUUUACUACGAGUUCUCCAAGGAGCAGGACUAUAUCUGCUCCAAACCCGAAGACUCCGGUAUGCACCUCUGCCAGAAUUUACCACCCUAUCGAAAUGGACCGCUCGUGUGCAAUGAUACGGCAUUGCCCUAUUCGGAGAAUAUGCCCACUGAAACGGCUUGCGUGAAUUGGAACCAGUACUAUACGAACUGUACGCAGCUUGGCAACAAUCCGUUUCAGGGGACGAUAUCAUUCGACAACAUAGGACUCGCAUGGGUUGCAAUAUUUCUUGUCAUAUCGCUCGAGGGCUGGACCGAUAUAAUGUACUACGUGCAGGAUGCACACAGCUUCUGGGAUUGGAUCUACUUCGUGCUGCUGAUAGUGAUUGGCUCUUUCUUCAUGAUCAACCUCUGCCUAGUCGUCAUUGCCACACAGUUUUCCGAGACGAAGAAGCGCGAGAUGGAACGGAUGCGACAAGAGCGGGCCCGGUUCACAUCCUCGUCAACUCUGGCAUCGAGCACAAACAACUCCGAACCGACGACCUGCUACGCCGAGAUCGUCAAGUACAUCGGACAUCUUUACCGCCGUCUCAAGCGCCGCAUCAUUAAGAAGUUACGAUUGUAUAAAUACCACAUGCAAAAGCGCAAGGAAGGACUCAUACCAUGCACGCCGGAAACGAUCACACUGUCACCGAAUAAAAUCAAAGCCCAUCACCCAAAGUGUCCGCGUAUGGGCGCUCUCCUGCAGCACGCUUCGAUCACCAAUCUGCAGCAGCAAAAGAACAAACACGAUCUGCAGUCCAAUCUGUCCAUCAAUCGGACGGGCGUUGUCGCGCUUAACCACCCAGACACGGCCAAUGUACCGGUGGACAAUCAGGUUUCAUCACCCGAGGUUUCGGAGAUUGUAUCGCUGGAGAACAUCAAGAACAAUGCGCUGAACAAUUCGACCAACUAUCUGAACGAAGACCGGCAGAAAGUGUUACUGCUAAAGAUCAACAAUGAGGAUCAAUCGAACGGACAAGAUCACCACUGUAUGCCAAGCUUGCUAAGCCCUCCGUCAGCAGGUAGACGAAGAUCGUCCGUUAUGUUUAACGAAUAUGUAGUGCUUCAUACGCCUCCAACCAUUACAGAACCACCGCAAGAUAAGAAUGUGUACUGUUUGGAGAAAAUGACCCAGGCGGGUGAUGGAAGCAUCUGGCAGGUCAACUUGCCACAUUCGCUGCAAACAGUGAGCACCGUAUUUAACGAGUACUCCGACCUCUGUCUAACAGACGCGAUGACCUGUCAGGAGCUGUUGGCAUUCUCGGUAGCCUUCUCGGCCGCUCUGCCCACAGGUCAAACUACGCUCGAAUCGUUCUACACGUCGCUAAAGCGUGCCAAAAGCACUGAACCGACCCGUUUCCUUACGGCCAACCAGCCCGGUGGACAAACGAACGCGACUUUGCCGCUGCCUGAGAUCGAGCGUCUGAGCAGUAAAUCCAGCAACGAACCUUCCCGGGCAAGCUUCGACCCGGUAACGACGGGCAUUAACAAUAUCAACAUGGAGGAGUUUGCCUGCUGUUACGAGUACUAUCAGAACCAAGGACUGGCGGAAGAAAAACCACCACAGCGCUCCAAGUGUGUGCGGGUGCUGAUUUCCGCGUGGCGUUGCUUCCGUCGGUCCUGUCACGUGACGCGAAUCGGCGUGAAAAAGCUGGUAGAUCACAAAUACUUCCAGCAGGGCAUACUGCUUGCGAUCCUCAUCAACACGCUCUCGAUGGGCAUCGAGUAUCACGAUCAACCGGCCGAGCUGACGGCGAUCGUCGAGACGAGCAAUAUCGUGUUUUCCGCCAUCUUUGCGGUGGAAAUGAUACUUAAGGUGAUCGCCGAAGGACCGUUCCGGUAUGUCGCUAACGGGUUCAACGUGUUCGAUGGUGUGAUUGUCAUACUCAGUGUGGUGGAGCUAGCCCAAGCCUACCUUGGCGAAGGACAGGGUAGCUCGGGAUUAAGCGUAUUGCGCACCUUCCGACUGCUGCGAAUACUGAAGCUUGUGCGCUUCAUGCCGAACCUACGCCGGCAGCUAUUUGUCAUGCUGCGCACCAUGGACAAUGUGGCAAUCUUUUUUAGCCUGCUGAUACUCUUCAUAUUCAUAUUCAGCAUUCUUGGCAUGUACCUUUUUGGAGGUAAGUUCUGUAAGUUUGUCGAAGAAGGCGGGAGAGAAAGGGAAUGUACUUGUCCAGAAAUUGUCUCCAAGCAUCCGCAAUGUGAAUGCGACCGUAAACAUUUCAACAAUAUCCUCUGGGCCACUGUAACCGUGUUUCAAAUACUCACGCAGGAGGACUGGAAUGUGGUGUUGUUCAAUGGUAUGGAAAAGACAAGCCAUUGGGCCGCCCUCUACUUUGUCACGCUGAUGACGUUUGGCAAUUAUGUCCUGUUCAAUCUGUUGGUCGCUAUCCUUGUGGAGGGUUUCAGCUCGGAGCGUAACGAGAGGCGUGAAAGGGAGCAGCGAGAGCUCGUAAAGGCUAAGCUGAACGCGGAAGCCCUGGCACAGGAGCAGAGCAUGGAGGUGUACGAUGAUCAGCGAAGUUUUUCCGAAUCUUCCACCACCGACAGCUACAAUGGCGGGUCCCGUGGCAAGUGGUACAGCGUCGAGGAACUCAGCAAGGUACGCAAUCUGGAUAUAAAGUGCAACAUUCAGAAGCAACGAUUACUUCAACCCAACUACGAAGAUCCGAAAAACGUGGCCCAGAAGAACAAGCGGGAGAAGGAUGUAUCCAAGUCGGAACCUAGCGCAGGCAAAAAGAAUAAAGGGAAAAAGACCGAAUCUUUAAAGCUGUACAACAUCCAGGUGCAGGAUCCGCCUAUUAUCACCACCACAGCCGCAACGCCCCAAGAUUCACCGAGCGGUACGAUGGAGUCAGGGACGAGCUUCAAGGAUUGGGAUCAGGCGGACUUUGAAAAGUACGAGCGGGAAAACUCUUCCCUACUGAAGCCACCUUCCAUACUUGGCUCGCUGAAAACACUCGACGAUCGAACCUUUUUCGAGGGUACUCCCGUCCUGAAUGAAAUGCGCAAGAAGCACGACAAGAAUCAUACCACCUCGUCCGAUAGCCGAUUGGCCGUGGUAGAAAAGCAGCAGAAAAAGUCCGAGAAACCACUCACCGAGUCGGUGAGUGCUCCGAAAGCCGUUGGAAAAGAGGAAACAGCCAAUGCGGGUCUCCAUCGGCAAGCCUCGACAGACGAGGGAGUUCUGAACAAUGGAAAGAUUUUAUCGCAGCCCAAAGGGUUCAGUGGAAAUGAUCGCCGAACGCAUGAUCCACUGCUGGAGAAAAGCAAUCGCAUCCAGAAUGAUACCCAAGGUUCCAAAACACCGAACCGCAGGCGCAGCUCGGUUCGGCGGUCGUCCUCAGUCAAGGUAGACAGUGGGGCCAGUAGUAUUGCUAGCAAUCUCAGCCUAACGUCACACCCUCGCUGCUACUACAAUAAUGGCAGCACGAAGUACUAUUUCGAUCGCAAAAAUUCGCUACGCUUGUGCGACAUCAGGACACCGAACAAUCGGCGUCGCAUGUCCUCGUUCGAACAGGCCUACCACAAGCAAUCGCCAAUGAGCAGCAUCAGAAAUCUCGAAAUUAAACAGCUACAGGACGAGCUGGACAAGAGCAAGCUGGACAAAUCGUCGAACGCGUUCAAGAUCGCGGGUAACAGCACCGAUCUGACUGGGAAGACGAUCAGAAGCGAUGGAACGCCAAAGAAAAAGGGCAAGGGACGAUUGAAGCAGUUCUUCCGCAUGGUAACACCGUAUCAUUUCGUGGAGGACCAUGAAACGUACACGCUGUACCUGUUUCCCGAGCACAACAGAUUUCGACAGAUAUGUACGUGGUUUGUCAACCAAAAAUGGUUCGAUAACGUCAUUCUGCUGUUUAUUGCACUGAACUGCAUCACACUGGCCAUGGAACGUCCCAACAUUCCACCAAACUGUACCGAGCGAUACUUUCUCUCCACUGCCAAUUAUGUUUUCACUGUCGUUUUUGCAGUGGAAAUGUUUAUCAAGGUGGUUUCAGCAGGACUGUUUUACGGACCGGAUGCCUACUUUACUUCUGGCUGGAACAUCAUGGACGGUUCGUUGGUGAUUAUCUCGAUCGUUGAUCUGCUGAUGUCACUGAUAAGCGAAUCGAGCCCGAGAAUAUUUGGAAUCUUGAGGGUGUUCAGACUUCUGCGAUCGCUGCGGCCUCUGCGGGUAAUCAAUCGUGCCCCGGGGCUUAAGCUGGUCGUUCAGACACUACUCUCUUCGCUACGCCCCAUCGGUAACAUUGUGCUGAUUUGUUGUACAUUUUUCAUCAUCUUUGGUAUAUUGGGAGUACAGCUCUUCAAGGGUACGUUCUACUACUGCGAGGGCGAAAACAUCAAGAAUGUCAGAAACAAACAGGAAUGUCUGGAGAAGGAAGGCAACGUCUGGAUCAACAGAAAGUAUAACUUUGAUGAUCUCGGUAAAGCGCUCAUGUCUCUGUUCGUGUUGUCUUCGCGAGACGGUUGGGUUAACAUCAUGUACACCGGACUCGAUGCUGUUGGUGUGGACCAACAGCCUAUCGUGAACUACAACGAGUGGCGCUUGCUGUACUUUAUUGCCUUCAUAUUGCUCGUCGGCUUCUUUGUCCUAAACAUGUUCGUCGGCGUGGUCGUCGAGAACUUUCACCGCUGUCGCGAGGAGCAGGAAAAGGAGGAAAAGAUUCGCCGGGCAGCGAAACGAGCUUUGCAGAUGGAGAAAAAGCGAAAAAGAAUGCAUGAGCCACCAUACUACACAAACUAUUCACCGAUGCGACUCUUCGUGCACAAUGUUGUCACCUCGAAGUACUUCGAUUUGGCGAUCGCUGCCGUCAUAGGGCUGAACGUGGUAACGAUGGCGAUGGAGUACUACAUGAUGCCGCUGGCACUGGAGUAUGCGCUCAAGAUUUUUAACUACUUCUUUACCGCCGUCUUCAUACUCGAGGCGGCGAUGAAGUUGCUUGCGUUAGGUGUUAAGAUAUACAUGAAAGAUCGCUGGAACCAGCUGGACGUCGCGAUCGUCAUACUGUCGAUCGUGGGUAUUGUGUUGGAAGAGCUCGAGACGAACAUUAUACCGAUCAAUCCGACCAUCAUUCGUGUGAUGCGCGUCCUGCGGAUCGCUCGCGUACUAAAGCUGCUGAAGAUGGCCAAGGGUAUCCGUGCUCUCCUGGACACCGUAAUGCAGGCGUUACCACAGGUUGGUAACCUGGGCCUGCUGUUUUUCCUGCUAUUCUUUAUCUUUGCCGCACUCGGUGUGGAGCUGUUCGGGCGGCUCGAAUGCUCCGAGGAAGUACCGUGCCAGGGUUUGGGAGAGCAUGCACACUUUGCCAACUUCGGUAUGGCCUUCUUGACGCUGUUCCGUGUGGCCACCGGUGACAACUGGAACGGCAUCAUGAAGGACACGCUGCGAGACGAUUGCGACGACGCGGCAGAUUGCGUGAAAAAUUGCUGCGUGAGCACAAUCAUAGCGCCGAUCUUCUUCGUUAUUUUCGUGCUGAUGGCACAGUUCGUAUUGGUGAAUGUGGUUGUGGCCGUGCUGAUGAAGCAUCUGGAAGAAAGCCACAAGCAGAUGGAAGAUGAAUUGGAUAUUGACACGGAGCUGGAACGCGAAUUCGAAAGAGAGCAAGAGUUUGAGGAGGAACAAGCGCUUUGCAUGCAGCUGAACGAUGAUAACAAGCAAGUUCACAAACGCCCACUAACCAAAGUUUCUUCCUUGCCUUCGAAUUUCACGUACAGUACUCCGAUCUUGGAGAAGAAGAGCAAUAUUCAACGUCGUCAGACCAUACAGUAUUUCAACCAGAAUCUAGGCCUCUCGGUUUUCAACUCAUACACCAAUAACAAUUCCUAUGACGAAACGGCGGAAAAUAACAUUAACGCCGAGGGCGAAGAAAUUUUGGAGCCGGGCCGGGACGACGGCAGCGGCGGUGGUGGUGGUGUUGUUGACGAGAAGAAGACGAACAAGAUGAGCGAGGGGCCAGAGGGCAAAGGGAUAGAAGGGUUGAACUCGGCCAAGGAGUACAACUCAAAAAAUGUUAACAAGAAAAUUUUGAUCAACAAGACAAACCUUUUCAGCAAGUCUUGCGAUGGUCGGCCUUCGGGCGAAGGGAAGCGAAAGAGCUUCAAGGACGAUGGGUGUCUCAACAUUACUAUACCGAGUGCUCCGGUGGGCGGUGGCACCGGUAAAGUAGAACCCGCAAGGACGGACGAUCCUCGCCGAGGAUCGGCCGGUCCGGUAGGGCCCGCUGAUGGUAUGGAGGGCGAUCUGGUGGAAUCGCAAUGCUCGACAAUCACCUCGUCAAGUCGAUCGCGGCAUCAAGCCGGUGGCAAGCUGGAAUCACGUCAAUUGAGUUUAGACUACGAUCCAACCAGAACCCCGAAAGCGUCCUCGGACGGGCACGAUGGAGCGCCGCUGGCCACCGAUGGUUGCCUGCCGGUGACGACACUGGGCGCAAGCACGACGUCCUCCACUACCGGGAACAGUGGCAGCAGCAAUACGACGACCAGCGGUAGCACUGUUUCGAACAAAUCGUUUCUCUCGGUUCCUAAGCUGCAGCCCAAAAGCAGAUCCGGCAGCACCAAGCAGCUGUUCAAACAGACUGCCCUGGACGAGGACGGUGAGACUAAUGAUGAGAGCUCCCUGCUGCUUCCGGUGGCCACCGUCGCCGAUAGUGGCAGUCCCGGCAGCAACCAUUGUCUUGGGGCCGGCGCUCUGCUCAGUAUACCGAGCGAGGGCGGUGGGUUCGGGGCGGAGUCGGUCAAGAAUUCGGAAUCGUGCGAAAUCAUACGAAUCAUUUCCGAGCGACGUAAAAUUUAGAGCGCAG